GGAACUAUUCGACGUUUACCAACUUUAUUGAAAUGAAUUCUUUUGCAACUUGUUUCGUAAACACUCAGUUCUUUACUCCACGACAUACUACUCCUGGUAAUAAGAAAGAUGUUAGUCGUUUCAACGGUUUGAAAACUUGUCACUUAAGACAAAAAACGAGAUUGUUCUCUACUAGAAUGUCUGCAAGAAAGGAAGACCGACCAACUAUAGAACCAGAAAUUCAAAUCGAAGGUCCAGAUCUUACUUUAGAAGAAAUAGAACAAAUAUUAAAGCAGUUUAAAGAGUCCGACCUUCCUCACCUGUACUACAGACAAGGUGAAUCUGUCAUAGAACUUAGAAGGAAAACCAACCCUCAAGGAUCUGCCUCCAGUUUCUCACUUCCUAUGAACAGUCUACCCAAUUCGCAAACUUAUAACAUUUAUAUUCCAGGCCCAGAGGGUUCCAAGACGAAUCCUUCUGUCACUCAAACAAUACCCGAAGAGAAGUCGGAGACCUCUACAGAAACUGAGGAACAAGCCUCAAUUCCUCAGGCUUCUUCGAUAGCAACACAAACUGAAGAUUUGAACAAACAACAACCUACUCCAGAAACAAACAUAUCCGAAGUAGCUAUCGUUUCUAAACGUGUUGGAAGGUUUCGCCGUGGUAGAUCCAAAAAGAAGCCACUGGUCGAAGUUGGUGAUCAUAUCAAGUUGAAGCAGCCAGUAUGUGUCAUUGAACAACUUGGGUUGGAACACGUUUAUUUUGCAGAAGUAGAAGGAGUGGUAGAUAAAAUUUUGGUGCAAGAUGGAGAUCCAGUUGAGUACGGUCAAAAACUGAUGACCGUAUCUACCAAAGUCUAAGUAGGGGAAUGUCUGUUGUGACUUGAAGUUUCUUCCAAUUCUUUUCGAAAUGAAUGAGGUAUCUUGAGAGUUUUGAUCAGUCUUUUAUCUGAAAAAUAUAUAUUUUUCUUAUCACAAUAUGUUACUUUAUAAUAAUCU